UAAGGGGUACAGGAUUUCCUUUUAGGGUGAUGAACCUGUUCUAAAAUUGAUUGUGGUAAUGGUUGCCUGCCAUUGAAUUGUGCACUGUAAGUGGGUGAAUUUCAUGGUAUGUGUAUAGCUUAAUAAAGUUGUUAAAGAAAUCCAGUGGAAGAAAUAUUUAGUAAGUCCUAACAAAUUCCUACUAAAAAGGUUGUCCUCUGUGUCCUUCCCACCAGUAAUCUACGAAGGUACCCAUUUCCUCUCAUCCUCACCAGCCCCGGAUGUUUCCCAUCUUAAGUUUUUGCCCAUCUCAUGGGAGAAAAGUGGCAUCUCACUUUGGUUUGUACUUAUUAAUGAGGUUUAACAUUUUAAAAUAUGUUUAUUUGCCAUUUGUAUUUCUUUUAUAGGAAUUGUCUCUAUGUUUUGAGGCCAGUUUUCUAUUGGAUAGUUGUUUUUUCUUACUUAUUGGUGGGAACUUUAGAAUAGUAAAAUGUUAACAUGCUGUAUCUUUUAAAAACAGGAUUUAGGGGGCUGGCCCUGGGGCCUAGUGGUUAAAUUCAGUGUGCUCUGCUUUGGCGGCCCGGAUUCGGCUCCUGGGAGCAGACCUACUCCACUUGUUGGUGGCCGUGCUGUGACGGCGACCCACAUACAAAAUAGAGGAAGACUGGCACAGAUGUUAGCUCAGGGCCAAUCUUCCUCAGCAAAAAAAAAAAAAAGAAUUUGGGGACCGUACAUUAACAUGGUAAAAACGAGGAUGAGACAGAAGGUACACAGUGAGCCUGCCUCCCACCUCUGCCUCAGUCCCUCGAUCGCUCUCCCCAUGUCUGCUCCUCAGCUUGCUUGUUUUUUUUAAAACUUAACUGUCCUGGAGAUUGUUGUGUAUCAGCAUAUAUAAAGCUCUCUUCUCUCUCUUUUUUUGUGGCUGCAUGGUACUGCCUUGAAGGGAUGAAUGAGAGUUUCUUGAACAGUGGUCUAAGAUAGAGUUAGGUCGCUGCCAACCGUUUGCUCUUCUGCACAGUGCUGUGGAGAGUAUCUGUGCACAGGUAUCUCUGCACACAUGUGAGACCACAUCUGUACCGUUCGGUACUGUAGGUGGCAGUUCUGGGUGAAGCGUAAGUACAGUCUCAACACGGAGGUUGCCAAAUUGCCAUCCAAAGAGCAAGUUAUACCAACUGACACUCUUUCCACAGCAGCAAGAAUUCUGAAUCUUGAAUUAUGAAGUACUUGAAACAUAUAAAAAAGUACAGAAGACAAUAUUCAUAAGCUAAUGCAUGUGAUCUAGAGGUAACCUGUCCACACGAUAGUCUGUGCCUUUCCUGUCCCUGAUUUUACACUUUUCACCACAUACUGUGUGUCCUUAAGCAAUGAACAGACUUGUUUUAUAUAUUUUACAGAUUUACUUAAAUAAUGCACCAGACUGUAUGUGUCAUUCAGCAGAGCGUUGGUACGUGUAGACGUAGUUCACUCAUUUUAACAGCUCUGUAUUUAUGGACUGUAUGAAUAUAUUACAUUUACCCAUUCCUUUCUUAGGGGACGUUUAAGUUGUGUCCACUCUGCUAUUCCUAACAGCACUGCAGUUGGCAUUGUUUUUACCUGUCUUCUUGCGCAUGUGGGAAGGGAUUUCUUUGGAUCAGGAUGUGUUCUUCAAAGCCGAAUUGUUGGUGUGUAGGGUGGGUUCGUCUUCACCCCCACUAUUCAUAGGACAAAGAGCUUCUUCCACAGCUGUCCCCUCGACACUCCUCUCAUUGGGUUUGGUGGCUCUUGUCCUCCUGCACCCUCAAUAGCACUUGGUACGUGGUUUCACAGGAGCUGUCUCCUGUUGACUUUUGCCUUUCCCUGAUUUCUGGUGAGGUUGAGCAUCUUUUCAUACAUUUAUUGGCCAUUUGGACUUACUUUUCUGCAAAUAAUUAUUCUUUGAAGGUAAUUGCACUCACACAUACAAGGCAUCCUUAAGACAUAGUAGAGAGUCAAGAAUAGAUGGGUAGGGGCCCAGAACUGAAAAGCAUAACCUCUGCUUCUGAGUUUAGAGUCUGAUUUUAAGUAAGGUACAACUGGAGAUUGUAAGGGACAGUUACUCUCACAAUUUUUUAAACAGAAAACAUUGGAAAAUCAGACUUUAGAUCAUUUAUCUACAUGCAGAUUACGCCCUCAUUUGGUGCCUUUACUCCCCAGCUGGGUCUGAGAUUGUGUGUGGGCACCUCAUAUUGAGUGAAAACAAAUUGUGUUGGAUUUCUUUGGGGAAUUUUUUUUUUUUUUUUUUUUUUUUUUUUUGCUGAGGAGGAUUUGCCCUGAGCUAACUUCUGUUGCCCCUGUUCCUCUUUUUGUAUGUGAGCUGCCACAACAGCAUGGCCACUGUCUGACGAGUGGUGUAGGUCCUUCCCUGGGAAAAGAACCCAGGCUGCUGAAGUGGACUGCACUGAACAUAACCACUAGGCCACUGGGACUGGCCCUAGAAAAAUUUUUAAAUUUUAAAUUUUGAAAUAAUUUCAGACUUAAAGAAAUGUCACAAAAUAGUACACAGAUUAGUACCUUUACUAAAUUCCCCAAAUGUUAACAUUUCACCUCAUUUUCUUUAUCAGUCUCUCUAUAUUUAUAUACAUAUUAUAUUUUUGGAACCAUUUGAAAGUAAGUUGCUGCCAUAAUGCCCUUUAUCCCCUAAAUACUUUAGUGUGUAUUUCCUAAAAACAAAAAUUUUCAGGGCCAGCCCGGUGGCGUAGCGGUUAAGUUUGCAUGCUCUGCUCUGUGGCCCAGGGUUCGCCAGUUUGGAUCCUGGGCGUGGACCUACUCACCACUCAUCAAGCCAUGCUGAGGAAGCGUCCCACAUAGAAGAACUAGCAGGACCUACAACUAGGAUACACAGCUAGGUACUGGGGCUUUGGGGAGAAAAAAGAAAAAAGAGGAAGAUUGGCAACAGAUGUUAGCUCAGGGCCAAUCUUCCUCAAACAAAAAGAAAAGAAUUUUCUCUUUCAUAAUCACAUACAAUGAUCAAAUUCAGGAAAUCAACAGUGAGUUCUUCUCCAGCGCACCAAUCAGGAAUCAAAAGUGUUGGUCAAUUCCAGGUGAUUGCUUUCUGGCUGAGGGGGCCGGAGGGCAUGGCCUGGAGUUCACGGUGAUGGGCCAGGUUGUUCUGCUGCCGAGGAGGCUGUCUGGUAGCCCUGUGCGGAUGCCCCUCAUUCCCUGCAGAUGUCCUCCUGCUCAGUCAUGGUUAGACUGCAGGGAGCCGGAGGGGUGGGCCCACCUGGUCUCCUGCCCUGCCCCUCCAGAUCCAGGCUCCCUCCUCAGAGAUGUAGAAGUGGGGAAGUGGGUGAGGCCCGGCACCCUGUGCUCUGGGCCAGGGGAGAAAAGGGCUGUAGCUGCUUCCCUUGCACCUCCUUUCCGGUCUUCCCUCGGGGCCAACCCCCUGCAGCUCAGUCGGGGCAGGAGGAUCUGGGCGUGUUUGGGCCUCUCUCAGGAGAGAGCUGAGAGCUGAAGCCCUGGCCCUCAGCUUGAGGAGUGUGCCCACCAUGAUACUGCUCUGUGGUCUCUCAGCUUUUUGAUCCCACUUUCCUGUCAGUUAAAAUGAAUUUUGAUCAUGUACUUUCUAAUAAUAAAUUAUGUACAUAAUAAAAUAGGUAGAAAAAUAGAAAAAAAAUUUAAAGGAUAAAUAAAUAGAUAGAAAUUCUAAUAUUUUCUUCCCUCAUCUCAGGGAUAUUCCUUGUCUCGGUUCUGUUUUCUUCCUCAUUUCUUACUCACUAAGAGUAGUAUUACUGCUAUUUUUCCCCUUUAGCAUAAUCUGAAAUUGAAGUCUUCCAGGCUUCAAAACAGAUAUUCGUUAAAACCCUACAGUACAGAUGGUAUUGUUUGUUCUGGUUGAAACCUUUGGGUUCCUUCUGUCAAACUGAAACUAGAAAUUACCUUUUUUUCCCCCAGUUUUAUUGAGAUGUAAUUGACAUACAUCAUUGUAUAAGUUUAAGGUGUGCAGCAUAAUGAUUUGACUUACUUAUAUUGUGAAAUGAUUACCACAAGUUUAGUUAAUAUCCAUCAUCUUAUAUAGAUACAAAUAUAUAUAUAUAUAUACUUUUUUUCCUUGUGAUGAGCACUCUUAGGGUUUACUCUGUUAACAACUUCCAUGUAUACCACACGGCAGUGGUGCCUGUAGUCAUCAUGUUGUACAUUACAUCCCAGUACUUAUUUAUCUUAUAACUGGAAUUUUCUGCCUUUUGACCACUUUCAUCCAAUUCCCCUUCCCUUUACCCCCCUAGAAACUGUCUUUUAAGGCUGAAGCUUUCAUAGCUGAUUUCAUUCUUUUUUGUGUGUGUGUGUGUGUGAGGAAGAUCAGCCCUGAGCUAACAUCCGUGCUAAUCCUCCUCUUUUUGCUAAGGAAGACCGGCUCUGAGCUAAUAUCUAUUGCCAAUCCUCCUCCUUUUUUUUUUUCCCCCAAAGCCCCAGUAGAUAGUUGUAUGUCAUAGUUGCACAUCCUUCUAGUUGCUGUAUGUGGGACACGGCCUCAGCAUGGCCGCACAAGCGAUGCGUCGGUGCGCACCCGGGAUCCGAACCCGGGUCGCCAGUGGCGGAGCGUGCGCACUUAACCACUAAGCCACGGGGCCGGCCCCUCAUAGCUGAUUUCUAACCAGAGCUCUGGAAAGUGGGGGAUUAUAGAAAGUAAAGUUCAAUUAGGCUCUUGUAAAAAUGGGGUUUUUUCCUUCCAGAGGGAAGUGUGAUAAUCACCUUCUGUACUGGGCUCAACCGAGACUGUCCGUUGAUCAUAGUUUUUCAAAAUAGGGGAAAAGAGUAUAUAUAUUAUUAUUUAUUAUACACAUGAUAUAUAUUUUCUAUAAAAGAAUUAGAAAGUACAGUUAAGUGAAAAGAAAGCAAAAAUCACUCAUAAUCCCAUCACCCAGAGAGAGCACAUGUUAACACACUGUCAAAUUUCCAUCUAGUUUUUUAAGAGAUGUGUAUUUUAAGUCAAAGUGGAAUCCCGUUAUACAAAACGUUUUGCGAUACACUUUUCUUCUCUUACGAUGUCAUGUGCACACCUGUCCGCGUUACUGCAAACCCUUGGACCUGUCACAUCAGUGGGUGGGUGGUGUUCCAUUGUGUAGAUGUGUUCGCACUUAUUCACUAAUGCCAUGUUUUAGGCUCUUUCCAUUCUCACUGUGCUACAUGCUGCAGGGAAGACCCUAAACGUUAGUGUAUGUCCUUAAUUAUUUCCCGAGGUGAAAUUCCUAGAAGUGGCAUUGCUGAGUCAAAGGGUCUCUGCACUUUUAACAUUUUCACUUCCUCCUCCUAGUUUGCCUCCAGAGCACUGAGCUCCAGUACCCCACCCUCAGACACGAGACUGCACUGCUGAAGCUUUUAAAAUGGAAAGCUUAUUGGGCUUUUCCCGUUUCAAAAGUAAACAUGCUCAUAGUAGUAAGUUUAGAAAGUAUAGAAGUAUAGAAGGUUAAGAAGAGGGGAAAAAUGCCCAUUACCUUACUGCUAAAAGGGAGGAAGACUAUCCUCUACCCACUCUGGGUCUUUUCUGGCUGGGCUACAAAUUAAAUUGACAUGAGACUGAAUAGCAGGAGAAAAUCAAACAAAGCUUUAUAACAGGUACACAUGGGAGAAACCAGGGAAACUGAGUUUCUCAACAAAUGGUGAGGUUUUCACCUUAAAUAGCAUAUUCAGGUAGACAAAGGAGGAUGUUGGGGGGGAGAGUCAGCUAUGGGGGAUUACCAGAAAGCACAGUAAUCAAGAGUAUGCAGAUUAAGUCCUAGCCUUCCACACUGAUAAGCGUUUCUAGAGGUAAGGUCAUCCUCCCUUCUUCCAGGUACAGAGAGGGAGAUACCUUUACAAAUGGAGAUUUCCCUUCAACAGAACUUUGAUGAGAAAGGGCUUAGCAAGGACCCUCCAGUCUGUCACUUUUAGGCAGUUUAGGGGAAAGUGAAAUGUCUUUCAGAGAAAAUAAUCAAGAUAAAGAGACAUAUGUUGAGGUGGCCAAUUUUGAUCUCCCACACUGCUUGAGAAUCAUAUCAACAGUUUGGGCAUGUUUCCAUCCAGUAUUGCUUUCUGUUCACUUGCUUGUUUUGCUGCAGUUGUGUACAGUUUUGUAUCAUGGUCCUUUUUUAAACUUAGUUAUACCAAUUAUUUGUAAAUACCUGCAUUUAGGGCAGUCACAUAGCUGACUCUCCACUGUGAGCGUUUAAGUUGUCUCCAGGUUUUCAUUAUUGCAAAUAUGUUGUGCUGAACAUCUUUGUGCAUUAAUGCUUUCUCUGUAUUUCGGGUUAUUUCCUUAGGAUAGAGUCGCAGAAGUGGAAUUACGGUGCUGAAGACUAUAAGUACUUCUUUUUAGGGCUUUGGAUAACAGUUACCAAAUUCUGUUUCAGAAGUGUGGUGCUCAUUCUGAUUAUGAUUUGUAAAGGCUGCUUCUCUAGCGAAUCUGUUGUCUCCAGUUUUCUCUGUGCAAAGAGAAGCGAAGUGAGUUGGACACUUGCCCAGGUGUACAGGGUGAAGGCUGGGCUUCCCGCACAGCAGCCUGCUGUGUAUCCUUCCCCACCCUGAGCACGUGCCUGCCUCUCUCCACUAAGCCACCCCCAGGCGGCUGCACACCAAAGGAGAGUGAACCUGCAGAGCUGCUGCAGCUGUCAGGUGACUGGAUUACUGCUCCUUUUGAUGAGGCAGCAAGCCCCCCAGCCCCCAUCCUUCACUUAGUCCUUCGUUAAGGAGAGAGUGAGAGACCACACAGGGCUUUGCCUCUUUCUCAUGCAGAUGUGGGGUUGUAGAAGACACAGGACCAGACCUUUCUAGGGUGGUGGGUGUCCAAGUGGAUACGAGAGACCACAGUGGAGCCACAGCCCGGAUGCUGGCCAAGCAGUACGGACACAUGAAGAUUGUGGGGUUGAUAGAUGCUCACAUGCCUUCUCUGCCCAAGAGCCUCUAUCGGAGCCCAGAAAAAUAUGAAGAUCUAAGCUCUUCAGAUGAAUCAUGUCCUGUUCCUCAGAGACAGAGGCCCUGUCGGAAGAAGGGCCUCAGCAUCCAUGAGGGGCCACGAGCCUUGGCCAGGAUCACAGCUAUCGGGCUGGGAGGCAAGACCCAGCGGCCUUGCUAUGAGCAGGCACCUCCCCGGGGCUAUGUCACCUUCAACAGCAGUGACGAGAACCCCCUGGAAGAGAGGGGCCUCUGCUACAGGGACGUCACCUCCCCCAUCAAUGACCGGGACGUGGAGAGCAGCAGCAGCAGCAGCCGGGAAGAGCACGCCUUCUGUGCCCACCUUGGGGCUGUGCGCAGCAGCAGCAGCAGCGAGGGUCUGGCAAGAGCCCCAGGAGUCAGCAGCGAGGCCUCUCUGGAGAGCAACGAGGAUUCGGAUCAUGUACGUAAAAGCUCAGUUCGCAAGCAAACUAAAAGUUACAUGAAGACCAAGAGUCGUUACAGCAACAGUGACAGCCAGUGGCCUCCCAGCACCGGGACCUCUGGGGCAGCCUGUUCCCCAGGAUCUAUCCCGCAGACUGAGCAGUCCGCCUAUUCAGGACCCCAGGACCUGGCCACACUGCUGGAGCAGAUUGGGUGUCUGAAGUACCUGCAGGUGUUCGAGGAGCAGGACGUGGACCUCCGCAUCUUUCUGACCCUCACUGAGAGUGACCUGAAGGAAAUUGGCAUCACGUUGUUUGGGCCCAAGAGGAAGAUGACCUCUGCCAUCGCCCGCUGGCACAGCAGUGCCCGCCCCCCGAGUGAUGCCCUGGAGCUGGCCUAUGCUGACCGGCUUGAAGCCGAGAUGCAGGAGCUCGCCAUCCAGCUGCACAAACGCUGUGAGGAGGUGGAGGCCAUGCGGGGCCAGGUGUCGCAGGAGCAAGAGCUGCGGGCCGUGGUGGAGAGCUGCCUCCUAGAGCAGGACAGCACCCGCCAGGACGUCCACGCCCAGCUGCAGGAGACCUGGGCCCUGGCCCGGGACGCCGCGCUUGUCUUGGACCAGCUGCGAGCCUGUCAAGCCGAGCUGUCAGCCCGAGUGAGGCAGGAUGAGUCCCCUUGCAGGGCCACCCUGGGCCCAGCCCUCCCCACAGCUGACUCCAAAGGCUGGCAGGCUGCCCUGCAGGCCCUGAGCCUCCCUGAGCUGUCGGGAGCAUUGGAGGAUCGAGUCCAUGAGAUGGGGCGAGUGCUGUGCUCAGUGACCCAGAGCCUGGAGAAGCUGCAAGUCCUGAACGGGAAAGAGAACUGGCGGGAGCCGUAGCCAGAGGGACGAAUCUGACGUUGGGUGAUUGCUCCACCCUGAACCUGUGUGCCCGGAGGGCAG